AUGGCUGCGUCGUUUAACGAAGAUGGUGUAUUUGUUAUAAUUAAUAAUAUACCAAAGGAUUAUCAUGCAUCUGAUUUAAGAAAUUUCUUUUCUUCUUUCACAGAGACUGGUGGAUUUUUAAUCUUUCAUUAUAGACAUCGGCCUGAAGUUCAAAAGCCUAUUGAACCUUCUGAAAACGAAACUGAACAAUCUCGAUGUGUCACACAUUGUGGCAUCGCUAAAGUUGUUAGAAAUCGUGUAGAUGAAUUUAUAAAGUCUUAUAAUAAGGAGCACUGGCUUAAUAAAAAUGGAGAAACUCUUUGCUCAAGAUGUUUUAUUAAGAAGAUUGCAUUUACUGACUGUACAGAUUCUGAAAUAGUCAUAGAUUUUCUUAAAACCAAACGAGGAACGGUUGGAACCAACGUGCCACUCAAUAAAGAAACAUUUACGAAACAAGAUUUAACAUCAUUGAUUGAACUGCACCCACCCAUAUGCAUGCCCAAUGGUAAUGUGGGAACAAAGACAAGUUAUUUCUUAGAGCAGAUAAAAGCAUGCAGGUUACCUCCAUCUCUUAUUUCGAGACUCGGCCUUCAAUUUCCGAGAAAUCGUGCUAGGAGAAUCUAUGGAAAUGUGCCCUUGGAAUAUCAAAAGGGUUCUAGGAAACAGCCCUCAAUCUCCAAGUGGAAAGAUGUUCAUUCAAGAGGAAAAUGGUCUUUCCAAACAUCGUCUGAAUUAAGAUCUAAACACAAAGAUGAUGAGAAGAAUUCAGAAUCAGAAGGUGAAGAGGAAUGGGAUCGUCAUGAAGCACUUCAUGAUGACGUAACUGGUCAAGAGAGAACGAAGGAACGGCUCUUUGAAGAAAAAAUUGAAUUGAAAUGGGAAAAGGGUGGCUCUGGUUUAGUUUUCUAUACAGAUGCUCAAUUUUGGGAUGCAAAAGCAGGGGACUUUGAUGAAAAGACUGCAGAUGACUGGGAUGUAGACACAAGUAUUUAUACAGAACCUCCUGUGGCUUGUGACAAAGAUGCGAGAGAUUUAGCUAGAAUGAGGCAAGAAAAAGCUUUAAGAGAAGGGAAAGAAACAGAUAUUGACAUGCUUUAUGAUUUUGCAGCUUUUGAGAAGCAUAAUAAGGGCUUUGGACGUAAGAUUUUGGAAGCUCAAGGAUGGAAGCAGGGGCAAGGUAUUGGAAGAAAUUGCAGUGGAAUUCCUGAACCACUGUCAAAUGAUGGCCAGAAACCGUUUGACAAAAAGGGAUUUGGAUAUCGAGGAGAGAAACUGGAUCGCCGGCCAACCAUAAAAAGAAACAAAAGACGCAGAGUAUCAGAUGACUAUGAAACGUUUUCCAUUUCAACAGUAUAUGAUAAUCCUAAUGAAACAGAUCCCCCUGAUUCCAUAUUGAAUUCAUCAGCUUUUUCAAGGUUGAAAUAUAGGAAAGAGUUCCUUAAAGAACAUUUUCCCGACUUGUGACAAUAAUAUUGAAAGAACUGUAUAUAGUGUAAAUAAAAUUACAAACAAAUGAUGCAGAAUAUGCAUUUUAUGUACAUCUUUGAGAACAGAGUACAAAACGAACUAUUUGUUGGUGAUCUACAACAUAACCAUUCAAGGUAAUUGUAUUUUGUUUGUGACAAUCAAAAAGCAAGUAAUGAAAUAAAAAUAGACUACUUUUCAAAAAAUAUAAGAAAUUAAUGUUUUUUUUUCUAUUAUAUAAUCAAUAAUGACAUGUAAUAAUAACUUAUAUUCUUACAUGGAAUCUAAAAUACAAAGCUGUUUUUUAUGUUUUAAUCCUAAUUAACGCAAAGAUACUACACAUACAGUGUUAUAAAUAUAAAACAUUUAUAAUAAACUUUUUUUGUUCCAUAUAUUUUUUAAUUUAAUCUUGUUUUAAUGAUAUUUAAAAGAAAGGUUUUUUUUUUAACAUUU